AUGUCGACUUCGUCCUCGGCUUCAGCGGCUGGAAUGCAGGAUUUCCUGAGCUGCUUUUCCGUCUCCGAAAUUCUACACCCGCUCGAUGAUGACGGGGCUUCUACAGAACGGAUCUCGGAGCGAAAGGUUCCUGCAAGCCUUGAUAUUAUUGAGCCGGAUCCGGAGUGGCCUACUUACUUCGACAUCUUCAAGUCUCGUAUCACAUCCGCGUGGGAGUCGCAACAAGCUGCUGAAGAUGGAAAGCAAGUCAAAAUUCUAUCAAUCUCUCACGUAGGCUCCACAGCUGUCCCAGGACUUCCUGCAAAGGCAAUUAUAGACAUUGAUCUCGUCCUCUCGGAAAUCGCUCGUCCAUUUGAACCGUUCUACGUUCCCCGCCUUGAAGCUGCAGGCUUCCAAUACCUUCUCCGCGAACCGAGCUGGUAUGAGCACCGUCUCUUUAUCGCUUCAGAGCCCAUCUCCUGCAAUCUGCAUGUAUUCGGCCCGCGAUGCGCAAUGGUUGCGCGGCAUUGGAUCUUCAGAGAUUGGUUGAAAGAUAACUCAAGUGAUCGCGAACUGUAUGCGCAAACGAAGAGAGAGUGUGCGCAGGCGGCGAAGGAGAAAGGAGUGGGUAUGCAGGAGUACUCGCGCAGCAAGGAUGCGGUUGUAAUGGAGAUUUUGACAAGAGCUGUCAAAGGCGCAGGCCUUGCCUCUGGGGAAGAAUGA